AUGCCGGUCGUCGAGAACAAAGUCAGCAUGGCCGAAGCGGCAUGUCUCGGGGCCGGGGUGGUAACAGCAGGCAUGGCACUGCAGGAUCUGGGCAUUCCGUUAACGGAGACCGCUCUGGAAGAUUUGAGUCUGCGUGAUGAGGCUAGCGGGGGUAGUGGGAGCAGAAAAGCAAGUACACGCCCGUAUAUCCUGGUGUACGGAGGCAGUACCGCGACAGGGACCAUGGCGAUUCAACUGGCCAGACUCCGGAUACGAUACAGUCCAAUCACGACCUGUUCGCCUGGCCACAACGCCCUUGUUCAGUCCUAUGGGGCCGCCAAAGCUUUCGACUAUCGCUCCGCAUCUUGUGGGGUGGCUAUCCGCGCUUUUACCAAGGGUAAAUUAUCUCUUAUUUUCGACUACAUCGCCUCCACGGAUAGCAUGAAGAUCUGCUAUGCUGCCAUGGGCGCUCGUAGGGGGCUGUAUAUUGCCCUGGAACCACCGGAAACUUUAUUCAGAUCGCGCGCAAGGACGUGCAGACGGACUGGGUCAUGGCGCUGA